UUAAACUAGUUAGUAACCAACCAUGGCUUCCUCUUCUUCCUUGCAUCUUUCUCAGGCUCUUUUGGCACGUGCUGUAUACCUUCAUGGCUCUUCCUCAGACCGUGUCUCACUCACCACUACUUCCACUCUCUCCUCAUUCCCAUCAUUCUCUGGCCUCAAGACACUCUCUUCUGCUUCUUCUUCUUCUUCUUCUUCUUCUUCUUCUUCUUCUUCUUCUUCAAAUUGUGGCGGUUUAGGCGUCACAUCACGUGCUCCACGCAGGGUUGGUUCUGUGGUUCGUGCCACUGCGGUUGAGACACUUGACAAGACCACAGAGGCAUCUCUGGUUGAGAAAUCCAUCAACACAAUUCGGUUCCUUUCCAUUGAUGCAGUUGAGAAGGCUAACUCAGGCCACCCUGGUCUCCCCAUGGGUUGUGCUCCAAUGGGUCACAUUCUCUAUGAUGAGGUCAUGAGGUAUAAUCCCAAGAACCCUUCUUGGUUCAACCGUGACAGGUUCAUUCUCUCUGCUGGCCAUGGAUGCAUGCUCCAGUAUGCUCUCCUUCACCUUGCAGGCUAUGACAGUGUUCAGGAAGAAGAUUUGAAGAGUUUCAGACAAUGGGGAAGCAGAACUCCUGGACACCCUGAGAAUUUUGAGACAUAUGGAGUUGAAGUUACCACAGGUCCUCUUGGUCAAGGAAUUGCCAAUGCAGUUGGUUUGGCACUUGCUGAGAAGCACUUGGCUGCGCGGUUUAACAAGCCUGACAGCGAGAUUGUGGACCAUUACACGUAUGUUAUAUUGGGUGAUGGUUGCCAAAUGGAGGGAAUUUCGAAUGAAGCAUGCUCACUUGCUGGACACUGGGGACUGGGGAAGCUUAUUGCUUUCUAUGAUGACAACCACAUUUCCAUUGAUGGUGACACAGAAAUUGCAUUCACUGAGAAUGUUGACAAGCGUUUCGAGGCUCUUGGAUGGCAUGUCAUUUGGGUAAAGAAUGGAAACACCGGCUAUGAUGAGAUUCGUGCAGCUAUUAAAGAAGCAAAGGCUGUCAAAGACAAACCCACUUUGAUCAAGGUGACAACUACCAUUGGAUACGGUUCUCCAAACAAGGCUAACAGUUAUAGUGUUCAUGGAAGUGCAUUAGGUGCUAAAGAAGUGGAUGCUACAAGGAAGAAUCUUGGAUGGCCAUAUGAGCCUUUCCAUGUUCCUGAGGAUGUUAAAAAGCAUUGGAGCCGCCAUGCCCCUGAAGGUGCAGUGCUUGAAGCGGAAUGGAACGCUAAGUUUGCUGAAUACUCGAAGAAAUAUCCAGAAGAAGCUGCAGAGCUGAAGUAUAUUAUUACCGGCGAAUUCCCUGCCGGUUGGGAGAAAGCACUGCCGACAUACACUCCAGAAAGCCCUGCUGAUGCUACCAGAAACUUGUCUCAGCAGAAUCUCAAUUCCCUUGCUAAGGUUCUUCCUGGCCUGAUUGGUGGCAGUGCUGAUCUUGCCUCUUCCAACAUGACCUUGUUGAAAAUGUUUGGAGAUUUCCAAAAGGGUACUCCGGAAGAACGCAAUGUUAGAUUUGGUGUCAGGGAACAUGGAAUGGGAGCAAUCUGCAAUGGCAUUGCUCUUCACAGCCCCGGAUUUAUUCCAUACUGUGCAACUUUCUUUGUCUUCACUGACUACAUGAGAGCUGCCAUAAGGAUUUCUGCGCUGUGUGAAGCCGGAGUUAUCUAUGUUAUGACUCAUGAUUCCAUUGGACUUGGAGAGGAUGGGCCUACUCAUCAGCCAAUAGAGCACUUGGCAAGUUUCCGGGCGAUGCCAAACAUUUUGAUGCUUCGUCCAGCUGAUGGUAAUGAAACUGCUGGAGCAUACAAGGUUGCCGUGCUCAACAAGAAAAGACCCUCAAUUCUAGCCCUUUCUAGGCAGAAGUUGGCCCAACUUCCAGGAACUUCUAUUGAAGGAGUUGAAAAGGGAGGCUACAUCAUUUCGGAUAACUCAUCAGGUAACAAGCCUGAUGUGAUUUUGAUUGGAACCGGCUCUGAGUUGGAGAUUGCUGCUGCAGCCGGCGAGGAGAUAAGGAAGGAAGGAAAAGCCGUUAGAGUUGUUUCUUUUGUCAGCUGGGAGCUUUUCGACGAGCAAUCAGCUGAAUAUAAGGAGAGUGUUCUCCCUGCUGCUGUAACGGCUAGAGUUAGCAUAGAAGCCGGAUCAACAUUCGGUUGGCAGAAGAUUGUUGGCAGCCAGGGGAAAGCCAUAGGCAUUGACCGUUUUGGAGCAAGUGCUCCAGCAGGGAAGAUAUACAAGGAGUUUGGUAUCACCAAGGAAGCUGUUAUUGCUGCUGCAAAAGAACUUUCAUAAAUCCUCUGAGUUUUCUUGAUUUUUGUUUCUUCUUAUUCAGAACUUUUAAGUUUCACUAGUGGUAUGGAUUUCAAUUAUGGAUCUGUUUCUUGAGAAAUCACUUUAGCCACAAUAAGGAAGAUUAGAUUACUCUUGAAAAAAUGGUUCUCAGAGGAGAGACAGAGACUGAAGGAUGAGUGGAAUCAAUGAAGUUGUAAGAAUUUGUAACAACUCUUUUGGCUUGUGAGUUUUUUCACUGUGAUGUAGCACUUAUUCAUGUAUCAUAAUUAAUUUAGCCAAAAGGAUUGGUAUCUGAAGCAUCUUGCUUAAU